UAACAAAAUUUCGUGAGGACAAUUCUGUACUGACUUCUCCACAAGUCCCGACUUCAGAUUAAUGCUCCUAAAAAGCUUUAAUUUUGAUAUCACGGAAUUUGACAUUUCUCGGGAUCCUCAACCGUUUAGUAUUCAGCUGAAUUGAAUAUUCCAUGAUUGUAAUUUUCCCGAGAAAGUGACAGAACCAGAGGGAAAACAGCUCACGUUCUUUGCCCGUCUCGGCGGCCACGCAUCAUCUCGAUGAUCGCUAGUUUAACGCCGUACGUCGCAGCUUGAGCUCAGUUCCAUCUUUCGGCGCUCUGAGUCGUGAUCGGAUUAAAAGUCGGAGACUUUUGGCUCUACACGAAUUCCAUUACAUCAUCUGGCUGUAAAAGAAGAUGACUACUGUGCAUAAACAUCAGUUCUUCCAGGUUCGUGUCAAGACUUGAAAUGUGAGGAUGCAGAAGAAAGGAGAGAUCUCAGAUUACAGAACUCGACUGGACAAAACCUUGAUCUCUCCAGAGCUCACCGGUGUGGAGACUCUUAGAAACCUAAUCAGGAAACAGCUUUGCUUGUCAUGUCCUCGUGAAGACGGAGAAGAAUGUAAUGGAGAUAUACUGGAUAAAAGGACAGCAGAUGUAUCCAAUGUACUCGACAAGCUUAGGAGUGCAUCAUCAGUGGAGGAUCAUGGAGCAUCAAGAAGCAGUGAGACUUCUUCAUAUGGUGAUUGGAAAUUGAAGGGAGAUUAUGAAGAUUGCCGUGUUAUGUACCGUGAAGGACUUCAAGGAAGUCCCUUUCACACUUUGCUCGUCGAAGGUUAUGUGGAUGGACCCGUCGAAGACUGUCUGUGCGUGUCGUGGGAAUCUUCCCUCUACAAGAAAUGGUGGCCACAGUCUUUGUUUCCUUCGUUCAAGGUCGUGCGGAACACGUGCUUGCAGAAAGUCGGGAUUGGUGAACAGAUAUGCUUAGUGAGGAUGAAGGUGCCAUGGCCAAUGUCAGAUAGAGAGGCUGUUGUGCAUUAUUUUCUGUUCGAGUACUUCAAAGACGGUCUAAUUAUCGUCCUGAUAAACACGAUAUCAGAUCUGGAGAGCAUUGGAUUUUCCAGUAAAGACUUCACCGAGAAUUGCAUUCCCGAGGCUCUGAAUGCUGUGAGGAUCGACGUGGUAGGCGGAUUUGCUUUACAGAAGGUGACUCCCGAGAGGAGUUACUUCAGGACGAUUGCCGAAAUGGAUAUAAAGUUCGACCUGGUCCCUCCAUCGCUUAUCAACUUCAUCUCUAGACAGCUCGUCGGUAACGGGUUUAGGCUCUAUAAAAAGGCUGUUGAUUCCGUGGCUAAAGUUGAUGAAGAUUACAGCAAAGCUCUGGCUGAUCCAUUGUACACUCGGAUACGUCAAGCCCUGUAUUCAGUUGAAACCUGCGAAGAAAAUGAGCCCGGUAGCCGAGAGUUUGUUGACCCGCGAGAUGAAAUUGUCCGACAAACGGAGGGCGACGAACAAAAUGGCAAAUUUCUGACGAAGAGCGAGCCGGAUGAAGAACGCAGGAACGAGAUGCAAGAUUUACCAUUUUCUGAUGUACACGGUCGUGAAAACGAACCUGUUCACCGCAGAAGAGGGUUUUCCGAGAUUGAGGAAGAAGAAUGCGAAGAAAGCUUCGAUUUGAAAGAUGGUUCCGAGGCCCAAAUCAAUGGGAAGAGACGAUUCUGCGUCAGCCCGGAGGUGAAACAAGCUCUGGGAACUCUAGAGAGAGCAAUAACAAUGGUAAGGAAAUACAGAACAGAUACACAAGGACAGAGUACAUCUUCUUCGUCGAGCUUUUCAGAUGGAGAAUUGCCACCAAACAUGGCGGAAGAUCCACCGGAGCAGCUCGUAAGUUUAUCGGAGAACAAUGGAGUUCUGAACAGGGUUUCACAUGAAUCCCACAAUGAUGGCUCAAGCAUGCAUAUGAUCAGAAUAGCUCCAGCAUCAUCGGAGCAAGAUAUUCAGACAUCUACUACUGUCACAGACGCGCCGGAAACAGGAUACUUGGGACAAACGGCGGAAAGCGAUACACAGACAAGAACCGAGAAAGGAGAAACUCACGACACGAUCAUCUUAAAGAAUCCGAUGCUACGGAGAAGACAUAGAGUUUGUUGCUUUGCCUUCAAGUCUCGGAACUGAAUUUUCAUCGUUCGAGCGCAUCCUUUUCGUUCUUUUUUCUUUCUUGUGUGAGAGUUUAUAGAAUUAUACGAUGGAAGUGAAAAUCUUCAGAGUCUGUAUCUUGUUAAGUUGCAAGAGAAAUAGAAGCACGCUGCCCUCUGAUACCUUUUUCGAAGCAGUUGAAAUCUUCGUUACAGGUUCGACAACGACUCUUCAGUUCAGUGGUUCGAAGUCUUGUCCUGUUUUUCGAUGGAAGGGGGAAAAAUAACGGUCAGAAGCAGAAGUCCGUUAACUCUUCAUUUUCCGAUAA